UGAACUUGUGUUCAUCCUAGACAUCAGUCUGGCAGAUUUCUACUAUUUGUAUGUGAUUUUGUUAGUUUAAUUUUGUUUUUUCUUGCAGUUAUAUUGUACUUGUUGUUUUGGAUAACAAAACAGGAACACAUGCAAGAAUGAUGAAACAAGAGUUGAGAGCAGUUCUUAUUGGGAGGCAACACUGUGGGAAAACAUCGGUGAUCAACACUAUAUUGAAAACCAGAACAGAAGCUGAAGGAGAUGAGGAUGUGAAGAGAGAGGGAUUUAUUGAUGACAGGAGAGUCAGUCUUGUUGAAACUCCUGGCUGGUGGAAAACCUUCAAUCCAAUAGAUUAUUCCAACCUCUCCAAACUUCAGCUGAUUCGCAGGAUUUAUCUGAUUUCACCUGGACCACAUGCGGUUCUGAUCGUGAUUCGGGCCGAUUCUGCAUUUACCGACCCUGAUGGGAGGUUUCUGGAGGAGCAUUUGGAGCUGCUUGGUCCCAAUGUCUGGACUCACACCCUCGUCAUCUUCACAAGAGGAGAUUUAAUUAAACCAGAAGACAUAGAGCAGCGUAUUCAGGAGGAGGGGUCGGCGCUCAAGCGGCUUAUUGAAAAAUGUGAAAAUAAAUAUCAUGUUUUUAAUAAUUCAAACCAUCAUGACCAAACUCAAGUCAAAGAGCUGUUCAAUAAAAUCGAAGGAAUUGUGAAGACGAGUAAAGGCAAGCACUUUAACAUUGACCUGGAAAAAGUAAAGGAAGUCAAUGAGCAGUGGGAGGAAAUUCAGACCAGAGCAAAUUCUAGAAAAUCCAGAGUACAGAAGGAACGGUCAAUAGUUAAAGAAAAAGCAUAUGUGCGUCGUCUUGAGGAGAUCAGCAUUGUUGUGCUGGGAUGGGUUCUUGGUGGAAAGAGUUCAGCUGGAAACACCAUCUUGAACCGAGAUGAAUUUGCCAUAGGAGGAAAAACCAGAGAAUGUACGAGAAGGUUUGGAGAUGUAGACGGAAGGAAAAUUACUGUUUUGGACACUCCAGGCUGGUGGAAGUACUUCGCAUCUGAGCUCAACCCAGAUUUCAUUAGAUCUGCGAUCUUAGAAAGCGUUUCAGAGUGUAAGAAGUUCCCUAAUGCCAUGCUGCUCGUGAUUCCAGCAGAUACAACAUUUCAGGAAGAACAAAAGAGAAUAACUGAGCAAAAUAUGUCUAUCCUGGGAGACGACGUCUGGAAACACACUAUAGUUCUGUUCACGUGGGGCGACAGAUUUAAAGACAUCUCAAUCGAGCAGCACAUUGAGAGUGAAGGUGAAGCUCUUCAGUGGCUGGUUGAGAAAUGCAGGAACAGAUAUCACGUCUUUGACAACACAGACAAGAAGAAUCGAGAUCAAGUCACAGAGCUGCUCCAGAAGAUUGAUGAGAUGGUGGCAGAAAACAGUCUGUUUCGUCUCAAAACACAGAAAAACCAUGAUGAGAAAAGCUGUCAGGAAACUGACAAACAGGAGGAUCUGAAUAUGCAGAUCAGACUGAAGGAUAUCUGCCACUUUCUGGACGAGGGGUUUAAGAGAAAAGCUGAAGAGAUAAGAAGGAAGAUAGAAAAGUUAUGCAUGGAUAUCAUGGAAGAUUGUCUAAACCUUGAGGAAUCUCAGAGUAUGGAUCAACCUCUUACCUAUCAAGUUAAACCUCCUGUUGACCCACUUCAGCAGGACAGCAUUCCUGAGCCGAUUAAAACUCUUCUGGAGAGAGAGUUCAGCAGAUGGGAAAGUAUCAUCAUAGAUGGUGUACAAGAAACUUUGCAGGACAUUAAAUCAUCAUUUGAGCUCUCUCAGGCUGAGAAGAGGCAAAAGUCACUGGAUGCUGUUGAGAGAUGGCUACAGAACUGCUACCAUUAUGUUCAACAUACUAUUGAUAAAAUACAAGAUCCAGAAUCAGCGACCAGGACAAAGAGACUGAAGAAAUAUUAAUAUUUCUGGCUCACUUGACUAUUUACUUAUUUAAAUCCAAAUAGCACCGUGUGUAAAUAGGUUUAAUACACCCACCCUUUGUGUGUGGUUAUGCCAAGAGCUCAGGUAACAUACUCAGAAUCAGACCAAGACCAAGCCAAGACCUCUUUUCGGUUCGAACAAAUAGCUUACAGCAUUAACCACUGCACAAGUGGAACUUCAUUGGAAACAUCCAGUUUUAUAUAUUGUUACUUUUAAUAAGAAACAAAAUCUCGUCUUUCAAAGGAUGUCAAUUUUUUGUAAAUUCAAACAAUAAUGUCAUGUGACACAAAAGAUGUGGCACAAAAGAUCGCUGUAGAAACGCCUCAGUUCUAACAGCGCAUGAUCAUCCUUUCCUCUUUACUUCUAGUUUUAAUGUGAAAUAAACAUGAAUGAACAUCUCAUGUAAUCACUCAAUCAAUGUUUCAACUGCGAAAGAUUAAAACAGUCAUGUAGCAUUUCAUUUUCCUCAGGCAAGUCAUUUCCAUAGCUCGUUAAUUUGCUAAAGAAACGAAGUCUAUAGAAAAGCAUUUUGAGAAAUAUUAGAUUAUAUAUAGUCAUUAUAUUUUAUAUAUAGAUAUAUUCAGACUAUAUACUUAUUACUUUAUUUUACCUGUUAGUGAUGUCUUAAUUCUUUAAGUAGCUUAAAUAUGUAGUGAAACAAGUUAUGACAGAAAACCA